GUCAUGCCCCGGCCCGCGCUGCCCGCUGUCCUGGGCCUGGUCACCGCCGCCGUCGCGGACUGUCCUUCAUCUGCCUGGGUUCAGUUCCAAGACAGUUGUUACGUUUUUCUUAAAGAAGCCAUCAAAGUAGAAAGCAUAGAGGACGUCAGAAAUCAGUGUACUGACCAUGGAGCAGACAUGGUAAGCAUACAUAAUGAAGAAGAAAAUGCUUUUAUACUGGAUACUUUGAAAAAGCAAUGGAAGGGUCCAGACAAUAUCCUACUAGGCAUGUUUUUUGACACAGAUGAUGCAAGUUUCAAGGGGUUUGAUAAGUCAAAUAUGACAUUUGAUAAGUGGACAAACCAAGAAGAUGGUGAAGACCUAGUUGACACCUGUGCCUUUUUGCACACCAAGACGGGUGAAUGGAAAAAAGGAAAUUGUGAAAUUUCUUCUAUGGGAGGAACCCUUUGUAAAGCAGCUAUCCCCUAUGAAAAGAAAUAUUUAUCAGAUAACCACAUUUUAAUAUCAGCUUUGGUGAUUGCUAGCACAGUAAUUUUAACAGUUUUGGGAGCAAUCGUUUGGUUCCUGUACAAAAGAAAUUCGGAUGCCGGUUUCACCACAGUUUUUUCAACUGCACCCCAAUCACCUUAUAAUGACGACUGUGUUUUGGUAGUUGCAGAAGAAAACGAGUAUGCUGUUCAAUUUGACUAAGAUUUUGGAAAUCUCAGAUUAAGACAUCAAAUACUUUGACAGUGAUUCCUGUGCAGGACUUUAAUGUAAAACUUGACAAUGAAAAAUUAGUUUUUAUGGUGUAUUUCCUUAUUCCAGUAGCAUUCAUUGUUCUCAUGUAAUCACUGUGACAAAAAUUGAUCUUUAGGUUCUUCUAAGAACAAAAUUUUUAAAAAAUUAUCAUAGAUAUAAUUUAGUAGUUUUAACCACUUCCUUAAAAUGCACCUUUCACUUGAAGAAGUUUAAAUAAAGGCCAAAGUAGUAAAACAGAUAAAAAAAAAAAAAAA